AAACACUCGCCAUGUUUAUGUUCUGUCUCAUCCGGUGUAUCGACUGUUUCGUUUGUAGCAGUUGUGUUCACUUCAACAGGCUAGGAUAGUAAGCCGUUUCAACGUAAACAUCAUAACAUGAAUAAGCUAAAUAUUUAUUUGAUUUUUGCUUUAUUUUUGGUGGAACACAUUAGUAAUGCAGUUUAUGGUGAAGUUAUAUCAUUAAACGACAACAAUAUUGGUAGUGUUUUAGGUGGCAGUGACAUUGCUAUAGUAAAUUUUUAUGCAGAUUGGUGUAGAUUCAGCCAAAUACUGGCCCCUACUUUUGAAGAGGCUGGUAAAAAAGUUAAAGAAGAGCUUCCUGUUCCUGGUAAAGUAGUUUUUGCAAAGGUGGACUGUGAUAGAGAAACUGGCAUCGCUGGACGUUACAGAAUCAAUAAAUACCCUACACUCAAGUUAUUUCGUGGGGGAAAUAUUGUCAAGAAAGAAUACAGGGGCCAGAGAUCUGUAGAGGCGUUGGUCCAAUUUGCCCAUGAGCAGGCCAAAGACCCUGUCCAUGAAGUCACUAGUUUGGAUGCUCUAAAUGAAAUAGAUGGCAAAAAACCUCACAUAAUUGGCUACUUUGAGAGCAAAACAUCAGAUAAUUACAGGCUCUUUGCUCGUGCUGCUAAUAUCAUGCGAGAUGAUUGUGAGUUUCUUGCUGCAGUUGGACUUGUGUCUGAAAACGAGAGAUCUGGAGGUGAUCGAAUUGACUAUAGGCCGCCAAAUACAAAACAGCAGGAUGAAACAUACACUGGGGCCUUGAACUUGGACUCCCUCACUCAGUGGGCAACCAAUAAAUGUACUCCAAUUGUACGGGAGAUCACUUUUGAGAAUGCUGAGGAACUAACUGAGGAAGGUUUGCCAUUUGUGAUUUUGUUCCAUCAUCCAGACGAUACAGAAUCAGUAGAUACUUUCAACAGAGUUGUACAAGAGCAACUUCUACAUGAGAAAGUUAAUGUCAACUUUCUUGUGGCUGACGGCCUUAAGUUUGCUCAUCCACUUCAUCACCUGGGAAAGUCAACUGAUGAUCUGCCCAUAUUGGCUAUCGAUAGCUUUAGGCACAUGUAUCUAUUUCCUCAUGAUGUCAAGAAAGAUUUAGCCACUCCAGGCCUUGUAAAACAGUUUAUAGAAGACCUCCACUCUGGCAAACUACACAGAGAGUUUCACCAUGGUCCUGAUCCAACUACUGCAUCACCAGUCCCUGAGAUUAAUGAUGAAUCAGAUGCUCAAAAGAACAUUCCAAGAGACACAAGUGAUCAGCCUCAACAGCCAAUUCAGUCUAAAAACACAUCACCUCCAGAAUCCACGUUUAAAAAGUUGGCGCCAUCUAGAAACAGAUACACUAUUCUACGAGAUGAACUCUAAGCAAAAACUUUUUUUAGUUGUUUUUUUUUUUAAAAUAAU